UGUGUUGCAUUGCUGUCGAAAAUGGCGUCAGGUUCGGAGCUGCCAGAAUAUUCGUCCUCAGUGAAACGUCGGAAAAUUGAAGGUGACGUUUACGGUGUUUCGGCCUCUUUGGAUCUCGAUUUUCCAGGGCGCAAACCGCAACGUUCAUCUCCGCGUGGAGAAAUAGAAGAACCACUUGGCGGUGAUAGUGGUUUCACCGAAUUAAGUGACGGUUCUAAAUCUAUGUCUACCACCCCUGACCUGAUGCAUCUAUCAUCAACUCCGUCUCGUACAGAUUCAACUAGUGAUGAUACUGGAUGCCCACUUGAUACAGCAGAUGAAAAAGACGAAGUUUCAUCAACAGUUUCCAACUUAUCUGAUUUAUCAGGAUUAUCUGAACUUUCCGAAGACUCUGGUCAUUUAUGGCGAAACGCAUCCUCUUGGGUGCAGAAGCAGAUGUUGACUGGUGCUAAUCCUCGGGAACUUCUUCAAAAUUUACUCAUGGAUCCAACUCAGAUUCCAGAACAGGUGGAUGACAUUACUUUAUGGAAGCUUGUUCUUAACAUCAUGUCAGAUCCACCUAGAAGACAGAAACUUAAUCAUAUUAAUACAAUAACCGACGUCGUUCGGCUAAUUAAAAAUAGUAAAAAAAUUAUUGUCCUCACUGGAGCAGGAGUCAGUGUAAGUUGUGGAAUACCAGAUUUUCGGAGUAGAGAUGGAAUAUAUUCUCGAUUAGCUCAAGACUUUCCUGAUUUACCGGAUCCACAAGCCAUGUUUGAUAUCAACUACUUUGGCCAAGACCCUAGACCAUUUUUCAAGUUUGCCCGAGAAAUAUAUCCUGGUCAGUUCAAACCAAGUCCAUGUCAUCGAUUUAUUAAAAUGUUAGAAAAACAAAAAAAGUUAUUGAGGAAUUACUCACAAAAUAUUGAUACAUUAGAACAAGUAGCUGGGAUAGAAAAUGUUAUUGAAUGUCACGGAUCUUUUGCCACAGCUUCGUGUACUAAUUGCAAGUUUCAAGUAACUGCAGAAGAUAUUCGAGAAGAUAUUUUUGCACAAAGAAUACCUUUAUGUCCUAAAUGUUUCAUCGAUUUAUCACCAUCAUUAGCUAGUAUGAACAGUAAUGACAAUUUUUCGGAAUUAGUUUCUCAAGGUAUAAUGAAGCCAGAUAUUGUUUUCUUUGGUGAAGGUUUACCAGAUGCGUUCCACGAUGCAAUUGCAAAGGAUAAAGAUGAGUGUGAUUUAUUAAUAGUAAUUGGAUCUUCAUUAAAAGUUCGACCAGUAGCACUCAUUCCAUCCUCCAUUCCAUCACACGUUCCACAGAUUCUUAUCAAUAGAGAAUCUUUACCACAUUUGAAUUUCGAUGUUGAAUUUUUGGGAGAUGGCGAUAUUAUAAUCAACCAAUUAUGCCAUUUAAUCAGUGGUGAAUUUAAAGAAGUUUGUUGGAAAAGAGAAAUUUUAGAAGAAGCUCCACACCUUUUACCUCCUCGAUUUACCUCUGAUGACUCUUGGGAACAAAGUCAAGACACAACGGUGACUCCAGAUCUAUCACAGGAUAGUACUGAAGUUGUCCUCAAGUCAUACCACAAUGUAUCAUCAGAGAGUCAAGACAGCUUAAUGAUAAAUUCAAAUACCACACCUAAGAGAUUAGAGAACACCGAUAUUUGUAUAUCACCAUUCCAUGCAGGCCAUAUGGAGACUGCCGAAGCAAGUUUUUCGUUAUUGGGAGAAAGCCCUAAGAGGCCGUUAGAUGAAUCUAGUAGUGAAAGUAGUCCGAAAAGGAUUCAAUUAGGAAUGAGAACGUUACCAACAUCAUCUGGAUCAACUCCCAGAUCGUCGGAUGAUUCAGAUGAUAUUACAUAUUCAUCGUCACGAUACAGUCGAGUUAUUUCUGUUGAAUCAACUUCAGAAAAUAAUGGUCAUGUGUAUAAUCUUGAAGAGUGUCAUGUUGUACCAAGAACCAUUGACGAUUCGCAAAAGGAUUCGUUAAUGUACUCUCAAGUGGAAUUAAAUCGAUCAACUGAUUCCACAAGUAGAGGUGAUGCUGAUUCUUUGAGCGAUGCAGGAGAUUUAGUAGAUUCAGACAAAUCGAGUGGUAAAUCUCGACACGUGUCUAUUGACUCUGCCAUUGAUUCGGGAAUUGGUGAUAGUUGUAAUAGUGUUGAUAGUUCUGAAGAUAAAGGUCCAUUGGGACACGAGGAAUCUAAAAGACAUGAUUUAGAAAGACAUUGUUGGCAGUCUGAAAUCAAAGAGAGUCUAGCAAGCAGAUUACCUGAAAAUUCAUAUUAUCAAGUUGCUCCCGGUAAAUACAUAUUCCCAGGUGCAGAAAUUUAUUUCGAUUCAGAUGAUUAUGACUGUUCUUCAUCAUCAAGAUCUCCUACGGCAUCAACAAUAGUGUAUGGAGAACUCGAUUGUCGGUCGACAUAGAACAUUGAUGAUGAAAGUUUAUGAAAACCAACUUUCAUUUUCAAAGUAUAAUAUAGAUAGUAGAUUAUUCGUCAACUUAAAAAUUGACAACGUAACAAUAGUUACAAACUUGUGCAAUUAAAUCUGUAUGAAACUCGUGAAAAGGUAAUACAGAUUCAACCCUCUUAUUAAAUGGACAUAAAAGACAGAGUCAGGAAGACAUUAACUAACAGCUGUAGAACUGCUAUAAUUCGUUCAAUGUUCGAUUUAUUUCGUCAUUGGUAAGUUAAAUUAUCUACGUAACUUUUAGGUAUUAUAUGCGAGUUAAUUCUAUCCUCAGCUGCAUAUUUGGUUUUAAACGUGAUAGUGGGCAAUUUUAUGAGAAAAUUUUUUAUUUUUCAUUUUAUGUGUCGUCUUCCAAUGAAAGGAUUAAAUGAUUAAGUAUAUACCAUUUCACAUAGUUUCUAUUUAAAAAUAAUUGGAAUAUCUGAAUGGAAACAUCAGGAGCUAGGCUAAUAAAAAUUUAAAAAAAUAGAAUAUAGAAUCAAUUUAUCAUGAAAUAUAUACAAAAUGAGUGAUGAAUCGAAAAAUUCUGCUAUGAUCGCUGACUAUUUCUUUGUCCAUCUUCUUGUAUAUAAAACUUUUGUAAUAAGUCUUUAUUUGAUUAUUCAUAAGUAUACAUUGUAAGAGAAAAAUAAUUUUUACGAAAACUUUAGUUGAUGGGGUGUAAAUAAUGACAGAUGAUAAAAAUAUCUGUUGAGGCGUUUGAUCGGUUGAGAUAGGAUGAUUUUUUUAAAGAUUUCAUAUACCAAAAGUAUAUGUUAAAAUUAUCAUAUGACCAGUAGGAUGAUUAUUAUAAAUUAAAUUUAUAGAAUAAUAGGCUAUUUAAUAUUUUAUUUAUAUUGUG